AAUAUUCAAACGCAACAAGUGACCGAGCAAAGUGCUUUAAUAAAAUCUUAAAAUUAUAAAAUCAAAUAAAUUAACAUUUAUCAUACAGUGCAGUGAAAUCAGUUUAAAAUUUUAAUAAAAUAAAAGUUCAAAAACAAUUUAAAGAAAGCUGAAAAGUAUAAUUCUAUCAAAAUGCGAUUUACUAGCAACAUGGCACAACUCAUCGACGGCAAGAGCAUUUCCCAGGAAAUACGUAAACAGCUAAGCCAGGAACUGAAGGAGCUCGUGGCCACCGGCUGUCCCGUGCCGCAUCUUACUGCUGUAAUUGUGGGCGACGAUGAGGCCAGCAAGAAGUAUGUGGCUAACAAGAUGGUCGCCUGUCAAGAGGUGGGCAUUUCCAGUGAGACCAAGAGACUGCCCGCCUCCACCACACAGGAGGAGCUUCUCCAGUUGAUUGAUGACCUAAACAAGGAUCCGCUGGUGUCGGGUAUCCUUGUGCAGCUGCCAGUGCCGGAUCACAUCAAUGAGCGCACCAUCUGCAAUGCCGUGCAUGUGGAAAAGGAUGUGGAUGGAUUCAAUGAACAGAAUGUGGGACGCCUGGCUCUCGACAUGGACGGCAUCAUUCCGGCCACACCGCUGGGUGUCAAGCGUCUCCUGGAGCAUUUUAACAUCGAGACCUUUGGACGCAACGCUGUCGUGGUGGGCCGCUCCAAGAACGUCAGCCUGCCGAUGGCCAUACUGCUGAGCUCGGAUGGGAAAUAUGCCACCAAGGCAAUGGAUGCUACGGUGACCAUCUGCCACCGUCAUACGCCGCCCAAGGAGCUGGCGCGCUACUGUCGCAAUGCGGACAUUAUUGUAGUGGCCGUUGGCAAGGUUGGACUGAUCACCAAGGACAUGAUCAAGCCAGGUGCCUGUGUCAUCGAUGUGGGCAUCAACCGCAUUAAGGACGAAAAGACAGGAACAUUUAAGCUUGUCGGCGAUGUGGACUUUGAUGAAGUGCGCCAGGUUGCCGGCCAUAUUACUCCGGUUCCCGGCGGUGUUGGACCCAUGACGGUGGCCAUGCUUUUACACAAUACUCUGAAGGCUGCCAGGAAGCAGUUCAGUGACCGCAAGACCUGCUGAGGAUUCUCCUCAUAAGGCCAACGGAAAGGAGGAGCCAGCCACUCGCCGAGCGAGUAAUAGUAUUUUUUGUUUUUAACCGCUAACCUAAAGUAGAGAGUAGAGUUACUGACCAACCGCUAACUUGACGAUUGUAGCACACACAUAUAAUCUUGCUUAUUUUGCUAUAUAAACAAAGAUAAUGGAAUCUUGA